GCGAAUGCUAAAUAUAUUUCGUGAAUGUGAUCACUUCAGUGCUCUGUGAACAGUGGUUUGGAAAAGUACGCAGUUGAGUCCGAGUCGGUCCGCGAGCUACACAAGAUCACAAAAUGGCCAACGAUCUGAAGGAUGUUGAAAUUGAGAAGGCGCAGUUCGUCUUCUCCGUCUACGAUUGGGAAGGUUCCGGCCAGAUGGAUGCCAUGGAUCUUGGCAACGCUCUUCGCGCCCUGAACCUGAACCCAACCAUCGAGCUGAUCGGCAAGAUGGGCGGCACCCAGAAGCGCGGUGAGAAGAAGAUCAAGUUCGAGGAAUUCCUGCCAAUCUUCUCGCAGGUCAAGAAGGAGAAGGAACAGGGCUGCUACGAGGACUUCCUGGAGUGUCUGAAGCUGUACGACAAGAAUGAGGAUGGCACCAUGCUGCUCGCAGAACUGACCCACAGCUUAACGGCUCUCGGUGAGCGACUGGAUGAUGUGGAGCUGGACAACGUCAUGAAGGACUGCAUGGACCCGGAGGAUGAUGACGGCAACAUCCCAUACGCACCGUUCCUCAAGAAGAUGAUGGACAACAUGGUCGUCAUUGACCACGUCAAGUAAAUUCGUCGCUAACUCAAUUGUGUACUUUUCAAAAGUCUCCACGUAAUAUGUCAUCAUACAAGCAAACACACACAAAAGAGUAUUCCAUUUCUUCAGAGAUUGUGUGACCACAAGCCUUAAGCGAGCUAUUUAUAUAAUACAAAAUAUCAAAAGAGAGAACAACACCAUCCUCACUAUCGGAAACAAGACAGACAGCAACGAUGGAAACAACCUGGCGAACUUGACAACACCAGCAACACAUCUGCGAACAACACCAGCAAAACACUGAGUUUUUCCAGUUGAAGUCAGCAGCAACAGCAGCAGCAAAGUGAACACACAUACAAACGCAAAAACAAACAAACCAAAAAAAAAAGAAAAACAAACCAAGAAUAAGAAGCAAACACAAACGCUGAACAACAAACAAAGUGCAGCAGCAAUAUUUGUGCAAAACAGCAAAGCAAAACGAUUUCACCGUGUUUACCAACAAGAUCGGGAACAUGCGGAAACGGUUAUUACUAUUUUUCUGUUAAGAUUUAAAUAAAUUUCUACAUAAAGAGGUCA